AAUAAAAAAAUCAGUUAAUAACCCCAUAAAGAAAGAGAAGCGGCAAAAAUAUCUGUUCAUAAAUCCGUUAAAAGUAGCGCCAAAAAUUCUGAUCAUAAUUCCGUACAAAACGAACUUUCAAAUAAUGACGCAGCCCACUCCAUAGUACUCCACAAGCUCACAGUGUCACACAUGAUGCAAGCAUUGUGCAAAAGGGGCCAACUUCAACAAGCUCUGAGACUCCUUCUCUCCAACCCAACCCAAUUAAACUCUUAUUAUUCACUGUAUAUGAAUAUCUUACAGCUGUGCAUCGACGAACGAGCAGAAAGGGCCGGUCUUUUGGUUCACAGCCAUGUAAUUACAAGUGGGUUUGGUUCAAAUUUGAAUUUAUAUACUAAGCUGAUAAUCUUUUACCUGCAACAUGGUCGCAUGGUUAGUGCCCGCAAUGUGUUUGAUAGAAUGCGUGAGAGAAAUGUCGUGUCGUGGACUGCUAUGAUUUCUGGGUAUGUUAAAGGUGGGCGUUAUGAGGAUGGUUUGAUGCUGUUUCUGAGUAUGCGUCAGGCGGGUUUUAGAGCUAAUCAGUUUGGGUAUGGGAGCGCAUUGAGGGCGUGUACGAGUUUGAGGUGUUUGGAAGUAGGGCAGCAGAUACAAGGGUGUAUUGUGAAAGGGAGGUUUGCUGAGAACUUGUUUGUGCAGAGUGCGUUGGUUGAUUUUUAUUCUAAGUGUGGGAAGAUAGAGGAUGCACGUUAUUUGUUUGAGGAAAUGAAGGUGAGGGACUUGGUUUCGUGGAAUGCUAUGAUUGGCGGCUAUGCUGUUCAGGGUUUUGCCGAUGACUCGUUGCGUAUGUUUCAUUCGAUGAUGAAGGAAGGCAUGAUCCCUGAUUGCUUCAGCUUGGUAAGUGUGUUGAGAGCCUUAACCGGAGACAGUGGUCGCAUGAAGGUGAGUCAAAUACAUGGAUUCAUCAUGCAACUGGGUUUUGGAUCACACGAGGCUAUAAGUGGAUCGCUAAUCAAUGCAUAUGCAAAAUGUGGAAGGGUAGAGAGAGCUCAUCAGAUAUACAAGAGCAUGAUAAAAAAGGACGUUAUAUCGUGCACGGCACUGAUAACUGGAUAUGCAAGAGAAGAUAACUACAGCAGAGAUGUGCUAGCUCUCUUUAAAGAAGUGACUCUUAUGCGCAUGGCACUGGAUGGUAUGAUAUUAUGCUCCAUGCUUAAUAUAUGCGCAAAUAUUUCUUCAUUGAUCUUGGGAAGACAAAUCCAUGUCCUUACUUUUAAACACCAACCUUGUCAUGAUGUGGCCAUGGGAAAUGCUCUUGUUGACAUGUAUGCAAAAUGCGGAGAAAUUGAAGAUGCUAACCAUGCUUUUGAUGAGAUGAAGGAAAAGAAUGUUAUUUCAUGGACAUCGCUGAUUUCUGGAUAUGGAAGGAAUGGCUUGGGACAUAAGGCGAUUGCUUUAUAUAAAAUGAUGGAAUAUGAGGGAUUGGAACCUAAUGAUAUCACAUUCCUGUCUCUUCUCUUUGCUUGUAGCCAUGCUGGACUGACAGUUGAAGGAUGGGAAUGCUUCAGUACUAUGCUUAAAAAGUACAACAUCUUGCCUCGAGUUGAGCAUUUUUCUUGCAUGGUAGACCUUUAUGCACGUGCAGGUUUGUUAGACGAAGCUUACAAGUUGAUGUGUGACAUGAACAUAAAGCCUAAUUCCUCACUCUGGGGAGCCAUUCUUGGGGGGUGUAGCAUCCAUGGUAAUAGCUCACUUGGAGAAGUGGCGGCAAUGCAUCUUCGUGAUAUGGAUCCAAAGAAUUCAGUUAACUUUGUUGUCCUAGGAAGCAUUUAUGCUGCAUCUGGUGCAUGGGACAAUGCUUUGGAAACGCGAAAUUUGAUAGAGAAGAGAAGUUUGAAAAAAGAACCAGCACAGAGCGUUUUAGUUUCCACAACAAAUAAAACUGUGCUUUUGCAGCCAACUUAAGACAGUAGAACUAGCUAAAUUCGUUGUUCAUCCUUGGAGAGGAGCAAAUACCAUUACCAUAUUGCUCAUGCGGAUGUUUUUGUUUAUGCUCCAAGAGUAAUUGAAAGUUUCUAAUUCAUCUCGUUCUACUUUCGGGACACAGACCUUUUUCACAUAUUGCUUCUGAACACUCAGGCAUAGAGGAGUCAUUGGGGUAAAGUUUAAUCCACGAAACAAUAAUAAGCGAAAUCAAGGUUCCGGUCGAUAUGGUCAGAGUGGAGAUAGCCCAAUAGGAUGGCUUCCCCAGGUUAAUGUACUUUUAUAAGUCCAUUCUCUUAAGAGGAACUAAGCCUUUUCAGAAUGCUAUGCUCAGAAAAUUCAUCUUAUGUUGCGCCACAAAGCAGUAGGAGGAAUUGCUUGCUAUAAUCUCAUUAUAACCUGUGGCAUCGUGCGAUUCAUACCUUUCUGGGAAGAGUUACCUGGAUUAAUAGACUAGAAGAGACAAGUUUGCUGCUGUAAAAAUAUUCCAACUGCUAAAAGAAUGUCUCGGAAUCACAGAUGGUAUCUCAUAGUGUCUCAACUGUCUAAACUUGAGAAUAGAGUAGAAGUUGAAAAAUGAAAAUACUUCCUCAUGCAAAUAUAUGAUUCUUUUUCUUUAAUUUGCUACCAUAUUGGCAAGUGAAUCUUUAUUGUAUGAAGAAUGAAAGACAAGUAUGGCCAUAUAAAAAAUAAGAGGAUCUGGAUUUGGUAUCUAGCUUAGUCUUGGAUUCAUUUGUAGUCUACAAGGCAUCAACGAUUGAGUCUUUCGCGUAAAUGUGAGUGACUGUUCUUAGCAUCCAUCUAUUACAGUUCCAAAAGAAAUACAACCCGGACACGAGUCUAUUAUAACACAUGACUUGACUGUCGUUCUAAAUUAAAAGAUGUGUGUCUGCUGCGUUGUUCUAUGAGUGUCUGCUGCUUUCUUCUGAUUGUUUAGGGUCAUUGGUUGCAGUUUACAUUCUUGGGGCUGGUACUGACCUUUUCUGCAGUACUGAAGAGAAAACACAACAGUAAUGAACUCGAUAAUAAAGAAGGACGGUUCUUGGUUGGAAGAUUGAGAAGGGUGGUUCAACCCCCCAAUGUGGUUAGGAAGCACUACUUGCUCAAACAGACGCAGGAGAGGCUCGAAGAGGGGAUUUCUAAGCGAAAAGCACAAGGCGGCUUUGCUAUACAUGCUACUCACCAAAGGGUGGCAGGUGAAGCUGCAAGGAGAAAAUGCAGCUUUCUUCGUUCCAUAUAACUGAUAUGACUGUGACUAGUCUUAUAGAAUCGUUGCUUUUUCGAUCUUUCAAUUUCUUAUCUGUGGGAGAAGAUAGGAAGGGAAAGAGACUUCGAUCGUGUAGAUUUCAGUUAGGUUCUGUUGUUCUAUCAUAUUUCUUCCUACGAAUUGCCGAAAAGUCACGUUCACUA